AUGUCGUUUCAGAGCAGAAAAAGAUUGCUAUCGAAGAUGUCCAUACUUGGUUCUCUUGGCAGUCGCAUGUUCUUUCACAAGCGCGGGGAUCGAUUGAAAAUCCCAAAGUACCAAAACACGUAUCGACUCGAAGCGUUUCGCAGCUUCAACGUCGAAGCUGUUGACGAACUGGUGAUAGAAACGAUGGAGAAUAGAUUGUCUUCGGUGACCGCGUAUCAUCCGAGUCAAUCGGGGAAACUGUGCAUGGAUAUUGGAGCUGACUUGCAGAAAGCGGUCAGCAAGAAGGAUUACGAUAGGUACAAGAUAGUGGCGCAGGUGACCAUCGUUCAACGCCUCCAUCAGAGCAUUCACGCAAGUUUUCAGUGUCUCUGGGAUGUGGAACGCGAUAAUUAUUCCUACUACGUUUUCGAAAACAACCAUAUAUACGCCUGGUGCUGUGUGUUUGGCUUGUACUACGAGUGA